UUUUCUCUAUCGACUGCGUUGGCUGAGGAUAAAGUGAAAUGUGAUGAACGUGUGUGACAAGUGAAGAUCGUUCCGUUUUGCAGUGAAUGGCUAUCAGCAGCAGUAUCUAACGUGAAAAUCGCGUAAGUGGAGCAGCGUAGUGUGUAAAUGACGUAGAGUGGUUCCAUUGAUUUUGUGCAGAUUUAGAGAUUUUUUUGGGUCAACAGUACCCUGCAAAGUUAAUACCCGACAACGUGGCUUGGAUUCGUCUCGUUAGUUCUGGAGAGGAAAUGGUUCAUUGAUCUGCUGGUUCCUUUAUUCACGGUUAUCGCUAGUGCUACGGUGAUUGCGAUCCGUUUUCAACUAAUGGAUGAAAGAUGGAUGCCCAAUAUUCUAAUAUAAAUUAGUAAAACGAACUUGCUUCGACCGCGGAGAAAAAUAAUCAAGUAAUAGAAGCAAGUUGUUUGUGUAAACGAUGGAAAUCAAACCGGAUUGUUCUUAUAUUUAUAAGUUUUGCAAUUUUGUACAGGGCACAAUAAGAGUAUUGUAGUGUGUUUCCAAAGUGUGUCUCAAUUGUAAUGAAAGUUAGUACAAUCAAUUUAAAUUUGAAUAUAACGCCGGUCAUUUUCAGCCAAUAUCGGAAAUUAAUGUAAUCAGUGUAUAUACAUAAAAUGCAACAAUUGUUUACUCUGUCGUAACGCGUGACAAUUGGUACAAAAGUGGGAUUAUUGAACGUUAUGGAAAGUACUACCGGAAGCUUAAAGAAAGUCGUUAGGAAAGGUGGCGCUAUUCGCUGUCAUCGAGAGACGUUUCCGCGUGCGUCACGGACGUCCACCUCCGCCGCCGGUGCCAUGUAUUCCGACACCACCGGCCACUCCGCCCUCGGAUCUCGCUGCGGACGAGUCGCUGCUGACGCCCAAUGAUUUUUUCACCGUGAUCACCAACACCGCAAAUGCACAAUCGUCCGCUUAUACCACAUUUAGGUACUACCGUCACAUUCCGAAACGAAGAAUGUCUCCGAAAACGAGCCCAAAGUCCAAAGUGCACAAAGAGUUCCGUACGAUAGUGUCCAGUGCCCCGUCGGCGUCGUCGUCGACGUCGUCCAUAUCGUCCUCCAAUCUGGGAUCGUCAGGUAGUGCAAACGGACCACUGCACUUUCAACGGCGGCGCCGCCGAAGGAGACGCGUCGUCGUCGUACACACCAAGGUGGAUGGUGUCAUAGCUAGUAAGACCGACGACGAUGACGAUGGUGAUGCAGGCGACAGCUCCGAAGACGUUGACGAUGUUGACGAGGUUGAUCGGCUUUCGUCAUCCGGUAGUGUCACCAAUAGACGCACACAUGAUCAGUCGACGGAUGUGGAUGAGCCUCUAUCGAUGCCAUGGUUCGGCAUGGACAUCGGUGGGACCCUGACGAAGCUGGUAUACUUCGAACCGAAGGACAUCACCCCUGGCGAACUGGACCAAGAGGCCACAGUGUUGCGCAACAUCCGCCGUUAUCUGACGAAACACUCCGCCUACGGUAACACCGGUCAUCGUGAUACGCACCUGCAAAUGGAUGACGUGGAGAUUCGAGGUCGGCGAGGAUCGUUGCAUUUUAUUCGAUUUCCAACGGCGGAAAUGGACAAUUUUGUAGCGCUGGCAGUGCGUAAUGGUAUGGCCCAGCUGGUUACGACGGUUUGUGCCACGGGAGGCGGUGCCUUCAAAUUCGAAGAUUAUUUUCGGAAAGAGGUCAACAUGAAGCUUGCCAAGUUCGACGAACUGGAUGCUCUUAUUAAGGGUAUUCUAUUUGCUGAGAUGCACAAUCCAUGUGAGUGUUACUACUGGGCGAACGCUAGUGAUAUUAGUAUAAGUACAAAGAAACAGUUCGACUUCAGUCAACCUUACCCAUUCAUUCUGGUGAACGUGGGUUCGGGUGUCUCGGUGCUAGCGGUACGAGGGCCGGAUAACUACAAGCGUAUAUCCGGUACUAGUCUUGGUGGAGGAACAUUCCUGGGUUUGUGCUGUCUGCUUACAGGAUGCAACACAUUCGAGGAGGCUAUUCAGUUUGCUACAAAGGGAGAUCACAGACGCGUUGAUAAAUUGGUGAAAGACAUUUACGGCGGCGAUUACGAGAGGUUUGGGCUACCCGGCGAUUUAGUGGCAGCCAGGUACUUAAUGUUGAUAUACUUAGUCUUAGAAAUGUUUAACUGUUUGAUGGGUUUUAAUUUUAGCUUCGGUCAAAUGAAUCUUGCCGAUCGGAGAGCUAGUGUGUCGAAAGAGGAUCUGGCCAACGCCACUUUGGUCACAAUAACGAACAACAUUGGCUCGAUUGCUCGGAUGUGCGCCAGCAAUGAGAAAAUUGAUCGGGUGGUAUUCGUCGGAAACUUCCUGCGCGUCAACCCGAUCUCGAUGAAGCUGCUCGCGUACGCCAUGGACUACUGGUCCAAGGGUACCCUGAAGGCGUUGUUCCUCGAGCACGAGGGCUAUUUCGGUGCUAUCGGUUGCUUGCUACAGUUCAACGGAGAAUUGAAUGCGCACGUUAACAACGAAAGCGAACUGCUGGCCUAGACACUAUUAUAUUAUGUAAGUAAGUUGCACCAGCCAUUUUGGCAUUUUUUCCUGUUCUUGCACAUGUUCGGCUGUACACGGUUCACACAAGUGUGUGCGCAAAACAAAAAGCAUAAGAGCUUAAGACAUCAUAGGAGACCUUGCAACAUGAGACUAUUUUGACUACAUCGACUAAACAUGAACAACAGCGCAAAGCAGCAAAUGGCAACAACUGACACAUAUUAUAUAAUUAAUUAUACAAUAGCAACCUAACACUAAAGAACUAGUAUAAUUUCUAAGCGAUUGAUUACAAUGGUUAGGAUGUUACGUUUUUCGUUGGUGUCUGGGCGAAUGAGUCGCAAAGAAAUGGACUGUGAAAUUGUGUUCGUAUAUGAGAACUGAAGAAUGCUACUUUAAUAUGUGAACUGAAUGCUACUUUGAUUCGUUUUUUUGUGAUUCGUCUAGGUUGUUUGGCUACGAAAUCACAUGAAGCAGUUAUGAGAUCUUUUCAUUCAAAUCUUUCCUAUGUUUACCGUUAGGAACAUGUUUUGUGGUUUAACCGUAGAGUUGGAAAGACAGUUUUAGAUAAUUAUAGAAAGAUUGGAAAGAAAUCAAUAACGCGGUUCGUUUAGAAACCUUUUCUUAUUCCCACUAGCGUUAGUUUUAAGCUGACGAUGAAUAAGUAAAAUAUAGCAGGGUAAGAGUUGUAGGAUUCUGUUCGGCAUAUCAAUUGAUUGUACUAAGCAGAGGAAUUGAAACAGUGAACCUUAUUUAUUACAUAUUAUGUUUUGUCUAUUUUACGUGAAUGGGAAAAUUUUAUGUUAAAGGUGUAGGAUACAAAAUUUUAUUAUUAUAAAUCAUCUAUGUUACUGUACAAUCAACGAUUGAGGCAAAUAAUUCCAGAUUACAGAAAUCAGUGUGAAUUACAUUAAGAAAUCAAAACAACAAAUUUU